GCGGGACUUGCACGGAGGUGGGGUAGCCGGGAUCCGGAAACACCUGAACUCUACCGAGUCUUGUUUGUUUGGUGCACAAGCGGCGUUUUCCCGGCUGGAUCUGAUGUCCAGGGUCUGAGGUGUCUCCUCUCCCGCCUCUGGGCCUCCCGGGGCAGUCUGGAGGCUGCCGCACUCUGGGCCGCGGCCUGGUGCCCUGUCGUGGGGACCCCCAUUUCUUCUGACCAUGCCCACAGCAGCUGCCCCCAUCAUAAGCUCCGUCCAGAAGCUGGUUCUGUACGAGACCAGAGCUAGGUACUUUCUAGUUGGGAGCAAUCAGGCAGAAACAAAAUACCGUGUUUUGAAGAUUGAUAGAACAGAACCAAAAGAUUUGGUCAUAAUUGACGAUAGGCAUGUAUAUACUCAACAAGAAGUGAGAGAACUUCUUGGCCGCUUGGAUCUAGGAAAUAGAACAAAGAUGGGACAGAAAGGAUCCUCUGGGUUAUUUCGAGCUGUUUCAGCUUUUGGUGUUGUAGGUUUUGUGAGGUUUCUAGAAGGCUAUUAUAUUGUGUUAAUAACUAAAAGGAGGAAGAUGGCAGAUAUUGGAGGCCAUGCAAUAUAUAAGAUUGAAGAUACAAAUAUGAUCUAUAUACCCAACGAUUCUGUACGCAUUACUCAUCCUGACGAAGCUCGGUAUCUACGAAUCUUUCAAAAUGUGGACCUAUCUAGCAAUUUUUACUUUAGUUACAGCUAUGAUUUGUCCCACUCACUGCAGUAUAAUCUCACUGUCUUGCGAAUGCCCCUGGAGAUGUUAAAGUCAGAAACAACCCAGACUCACCAGGAGAGUUUCGACAUCUUUGAAGAUGAAGGAUUAAUUACACAGGGCGGAAGUGGUGUAUUUGGGAUCUGUAGUGAGCCUUAUAUGAAGUAUGUGUGGAAUGGUGAACUUCUGGAUAUAAUUAAGAAUACUGUACAUCGUGACUGGCUAUUGUAUAUUAUUCAUGGAUUCUGUGGACAGUCAAAGCUGUUGAUCUAUGGACGACCAGUCUAUGUCACUCUAAUAGCUAGAAGAUCUAGUAAGUUUGCCGGGACCCGCUUUUUGAAGAGAGGCGCAAACUGUGAGGGCGAUGUUGCAAAUGAAGUGGAGACUGAACAAAUACUCUGCGAUGCUUCUGUGAUGUCUUUUACUGCAGGCAGUUAUUCUUCUUACGUACAAGUUAGAGGAUCAGUGCCUUUAUACUGGUCUCAGGACAUUUCAACUAUGAUGCCGAAACCACCGAUCACAUUGGAUCAGGCAGAUCCAUUUGCACAUGUGGCUGCCCUUCACUUUGACCAGAUGCUUCAAAGGUUUGGCUCCCCCAUCAUCAUCUUGAAUUUAGUGAAGGAACGGGAGAAAAGAAAGCAUGAGAGAAUUCUGAGUGAAGAACUCGUAGCUGCUGUGACAUACCUCAACCAGUUUCUCCCUCCUGAGCACACUAUUAUUUAUAUUCCUUGGGAUAUGGCCAAGUACACCAAAAGCAAGCUGUGUAAUGUUCUUGAUCGACUGAAUGUGAUUGCAGAAAGCGUGGUGAAGAAAACCGGUUUCUUUGUAAACCGCCCUGAUUCUUACUGUAGCAUUUUGCGACCAGAUGAAAAGUGGAAUGAACUAGGAGGAUGUGUGAUUCCCACUGGUCGCUUGCAGACUGGUGUUCUUCGAACCAACUGUGUGGACUGUUUAGACCGCACCAACACGGCACAGUUCAUGGUGGGAAAAUGCGCCUUGGCUUAUCAGCUGUACUCCUUGGGGCUGAUCGACAAGCCUAAUCUACAGUUUGAUACAGAUGCAGUCCGGUUAUUUGAGGAACUCUAUGAAGAUCAUGGGGAUACCCUGUCCCUUCAGUAUGGUGGUUCUCAACUUGUGCACCGUGUCAAAACCUACAGAAAGAUAGCACCAUGGACCCAGCACUCAAAAGACAUCAUGCAGACCCUGUCUAGAUAUUACAGCAAUGCUUUUUCAGAUGCUGAUAGACAAGAUUCCAUUAAUCUCUUCCUGGGAGUUUUUCAUCCUACUGAAGGGAAACCUCAUCUCUGGGAACUCCCAACAGAUUUUUAUUUGCAUCAUAAAAAUACGAUGAAACUUUUACCAACAAGAAGAAGUUAUACUUACUGGUGGACACCAGAGGUAAUAAAACAUUUACCGCUGCCUUAUGAUGAAGUUAUCUGUGCUGCGAAUUUAAAGAAGUUGAUAGUGAAGAAAUUCCACAAAUACGAAGAAGAAAUUGACAUCCACAACGAGUUCUUUCGACCAUAUGAACUGAGUAGUUUUGAUGAUACCUUUUGCUUGGCUAUGACAAGUUCAGCACGUGACUUUAUGCCUAAGACCGUUGGCAUUGAUCCAAGUCCAUUUACAGUGCGUAAACCAGACGAAACCGGAAAAUCAGUAUUGGGGAAUGUGGUCCAGCCCAUGAAAGAAGUAUAUGGAAUUAAUCUCUCAGAUGGUCUCUCAGAAGAGGAUCUCUCCAUUUAUUCAAGAUUUGUUCAGCUGGGUCAGAGUCAACAUAAACAAGACAAGAGCAGCCAGCAGCUCUGUUCCAGGUGCCCAGAUGGAGUUAUAAAACUAACACCUAUCUCUGCUUUCUCACAAGACAACAUCUAUGAAGUCCAGCCUCCAAGGGUAGACAGAAAAUCUACAGAGAUCUUCCAAGCCCACAUCCAGGCCAGUCAAGGUAUCAUGCAGCCUCUUGGAAAGGAAGACACCUCCAUGUACCGAGAAUACAUCCGAAACCGCUACCUGUGAAGAGAAGGCAGGUUCCCCCCAUGAAUUUGCUUACAUUGUAAUCUGUUUUAUCUCAUCUUAAAAAGUUAAUUUAGCCAUUUGUAGCAAAGUGGAUGGACCUAGAGGGAGUCAUGCUAAGUGAAAUAAGUCAGG